CGCGCGGCUGCAGCCUGGGCUGGGCGCUCGCCACGCGUCCCGCGUCCUGCUCCGCGCUCCGCGCUCCCCGCUCGCCGCGGCCGGGCAUGUAGCGGCGGCAGGCGCCACGGCGGAAUAUGGGCGGGAACCACUCCCACAAGCCCCCCGUGUUUGACGAGAAUGAGGAAGUCAACUUUGACCAUUUUCAGAUUCUGCGGGCCAUUGGCAAAGGGAGUUUUGGAAAGGUAUGCAUCGUGCAGAAGCGAGACACUAAGAAAAUGUAUGCAAUGAAGUACAUGAACAAGCAGAAAUGCAUCGAGAGGGACGAGGUUCGGAACGUGUUCCGGGAACUCCAGAUCAUGCAGGGGCUGGAGCACCCUUUCUUGGUCAACCUGUGGUACUCCUUCCAGGACGAGGAGGACAUGUUCAUGGUGGUGGACCUGCUCCUGGGCGGGGACCUGCGCUACCACCUGCAGCAGAACGUCCACUUCACCGAGGGGGCAGUGAAGCUGUACAUCUGCGAGCUGGCACUGGCCCUGGAGUACCUGCAGAGGUUCCACAUCAUCCACAGAGACAUCAAGCCAGACAACAUCUUGCUGGAUGAACAUGGACAUGUUCACAUCACAGAUUUCAACAUAGCGACGAUCGUGGAAGGAGCAGAAAAGGCUUCCUCCAUGGCCGGGACCAAGCCCUACAUGGCCCCGGAAGUGUUCCAGGUGUAUGUGGACGGAGGCCCUGGCUACUCAUACCCUGUCGACUGGUGGUCCCUAGGUGUCACGGCCUAUGAGCUGCUGCGGGGCUGGAGACCGUAUGAAAUCCACUCGGCCACACCCAUUGAUGAGAUCCUCAACAUGUUCAAGGUGGAGCGCAUCCACUACUCCUCCACGUGGUGCAAAGGCAUGGUGGCACUGCUGAAGAAGCUCCUGACCAAGGACCCUGAGAGCCGCCUGUCCAGCCUCGGUGACGUUCAGAGCGCACCCUACUUGGCCGACAUGAACUGGGAUGCUGUGUUCGAGAAGGCGCUGACGCCCGGCUUUGUGCCUAAUAAGGGGAGAUUGAACUGUGAUCCCACAUUUGAACUUGAAGAAAUGAUCCUCGAAUCCAAGCCUCUGCACAAAAAGAAAAAGAGGUUGGCGAAGAACAGGUCCAAAGACGGCACGAAGGACAGCUGUCCUCUGAAUGGACACCUCCAGCAGUGCUUGGAGACCGUGCGGAAGGAAUUCAUCAUAUUCAACAGAGAGAAGCUGAGGAGGCAGCAGGGGCAGAGCGGCCAGCUCUUGGACCCAGAAGGCCGGGCUGGGAGCCAGACCCAGGGCAAGCUCCAGGACGGGUGCAACCACAACAUUCUAGCCCACUCCUGCUCCCGUGGCUGCAGCAGCUAAGCCACCACCUGUGGCCACCUGACGGGACUGCGCACAUCUCUGUCCUGCCCACCGAAAGCCCCUCUCUGUGCUACGAUGGUCCCUAUCUCACCCGUGAUGACAUCAGAUGCAGAGAGAGCCUUGAACUUGGAGCUGGGAAGCCCGGGUUCUCGUCCCAGGUGCCUGACUGAUUCUCUGCGUGACUUUGGACAACCUUGCCCUUCCUGUGCCUGUUUUCUGCAUCUGCCAAAGGGGUUAAAACAGCUCUCUGUCUCACCUCUAACUACAAGGUUAUUGGGAGAAGCCAAAUGGAUAGCAGACAUGCAAAACCUGUGACAUUUGUGAAAUUGUUUACACAGGCAAAAUACAACUUUGAUAUCUGAAGUGCACUCCUAUCCCACAAAGCAAUUAGACCAACCCAACUUUGCAAUUUGGUCCAUCAUGGCUCAUCACACAGUACUUUUGAAAAUGCAGCCCAAUGGCAAAAUAAACAUCUCUGCGCCUGCCCUUCCAAUGGGAAUACCAUUCCCAAAUCCUGGAGCAAAACCUGAAGUGUCUUCGUUUGCCUUCUCUGCCAGGCCAGUCUUUCUGACCCUUGAAGAGGGCAUAGCCUACACACCAGCCUGGUCCCCUGAGUCUCGAUGCUGCAGGUGCACAUCUGCCCUUAUUCACAGAAGACUGCCUCCCACCUGUAAUUUCAGCAGCUCCCCACCCCCGACCCCACACCCUGCACCGGGAUGGCAGGCAGAUGCCCUUCAGCAGGUCAGGUCACUGACCAUCAGUCACUCCUCUAUCGAGUGCCAUCAGAGUUCCUCCCAAAACUCAGUCCCACAGCCAAAUUCUGAGUCCCCAUCCUCCUUUUAGGUGUUUUUCCUGUGAAGGGUGUGAAGUGGUCUCCUCAGCAUUGUCUUAAAGAGGGCCUCCAAAUGCCACUGAUGAUGUGGCCCUGUAUUGAUGGAUAAAGAAGCAUGGGUGACUAGAAAGUUCACUCUAGAAGGAGAGUAGACUCACACAAGGAACAAAAUGCUGAAUGACCAGUUUUGGGGAGACCCCGGCCUCUGAAUGGAGAGAAGCUGUUAGCACCAGGGACAGAGCUCAGACGUGGAGUCAGGCUCGUUCAGAAUCCAGCCCUGCUGUUUACUAACCGGAAGACCUUAGGCAAACUGCAUAAUCACUCUUGUGUCAUUUCCUUGUUUUCAAGCGGUGAUGAUAAAACCAGCCUUGCAGGGUUGUUAUAGGGUUCAACAGCAUCCGGUGCGUGAUGCACCCAGCAUGCACUGCUCACUGAAUGGUAACCACAUUUUGUGGGCAUCACCAUCAUCGUCUGGAGAAACUAUGUCACUCAUUUGGCAGGUCACUUUCUGUAGAAAUAAGCUUGGUGUUUAGGAUUCCUUGAACUUUUCUUCUGGAGUCUUUGAACUCUGUUUAUCCCGGUUAAAAUUUCAAGUGUGUUUUCAUUUUUUUCUUCCAACUUCCGGUCUUUACUUUUUACAUCAUGAAUCAAUCCUCGGGGCUGUCAACGUCAACUCUUGGCUAUCUUAAGAGAUGUUUUAAUGGAUGGUGUGGUUUUGUAUUUUUAUUUUAGAAACAGGAAACGGUCAUUAUUUUCCUCCUUUGAACCAAGCCUAUUUCUCGAUUAUGUUGCCCACAUAAGUCUACUUGUCUUGCACACUUGUCACUCUCUGUCCCCCAUCGGCACUGUCCUGUUCCCUCCAGGAAAUCACAGGGUUGCUCCUCUCUUCACUGUGACCCGGGCAGCAAGUCAGAUUUCUCGCUGGGCUGAAUUCGUGAUGUAGGGGAGAGGAGCUGGAAGCAGCCCGAGAGACACUGGAUUUCCUGGCUGUGUUUAAGUCAGUGUUGUUUCCUGUUCAGAAUAAACUAUU